CUUUAAACGACGUUAUGAAAAUUCCGCAGUGAUUCAAUAUUUCCAUUUUUUUAAUCAAAGACAAAAUUUGUCAGUGUAUUUUGACCCUUAGCAACUUAGUUGACAUUCGAUUUUGUGAGAACAGCAUGCUGCUGGUAAAGAAGACGCUUUUCCGAGCUCCGGCCGCGAUGAGGAGUGGUUUGACGUUGCGGAUCAACCAGUUACGUGCCAUGGAGACCCUAUACGACCCGUACGAAGAUUGGGUGCCCAAGAUGCCCGGUCAGCGAUUGGAUUUAAAAAAAAAUUACCAAAAAAACGGGACGAAGGUGCCAUUCAAGGACAACUGUUGGGUAUCAAUGCGGCGCUCUGAGUACAAGUGUCGCUCCGAUCCAGAGUUCAAUGUGCCCGCCUUUAUCGAUGCCCAAAGCCGAUGCAUCACCGCAUGUGCGAAUGCCUAUCCGCCGACGGACCUCACGCUCUACAAGCCCACCGACAAGCUGUCCCGCCGGUACCAGCGCACCUGGUGCGAGUGCGAGCUGGAGGAGCGGAAAAGGAAGGCCGUCUGCCGCUGCCGACCGGUGAACUUCCUGCGACGGGCCCGCCGAACGCCGCCGCUUAAGGCGACCAAAGUGUGCCCCGACGGCAACGAGAGCCUGGGGCUGGGGCAGUGUCGCCCAAAGAAGGACGAGGGCUCCUGCCCCAGGUUCAAGCUGCCCUUCUGCAAGGGUGCCCGCACGUCAUGCUGCCGCGCUGGACGACCCCCUUCCGACUGCCUUCGUCGCCGCACCAAAUACCCCAGCUACUCGGAGUGCAAGCUGGAUCCGCUGCCCGAUGUGCCGCCCAGCCAGUGCUCCUGCAUCAACCAGCCGCCCAUGUGCGAGGUGUGGAACUACUACCGCAUGAAGAAGUCUUAGUUGCCUGGGUCGCCGUCCCACCAGUUUCGAAUAGACCACAAUAGGAAUCAUAUACUUUUGAUACUUACGGGGGAGAAAAACAUCAAGCUUAUGCGGAUUGUAUACAAUAGAAGUAAACCAAGUUAGGAAUAUGAAAAGGAAAAAAAGAGGUUCCCCACAAAUGUCAUGAGGGCUUUUGAAUUCAAUUAAAUGCAUGCUUUAUACAAAAAAUAAUAGGUAUUUCCCAAUAAAUUAAUCGAUCUUCGAGAUUUAAAGUUGAUC